AUGCCCGACGACCGCCAUGUUUAUCCAAGUCAAUGGAACAAGGCCAGAGGACCACCGCUGCCAACUUGGAUUCCCCAGCGAAUGUCAGACCUUCGCACAGCCAUUCAAAAAGUGGACAAAGCAAUUCAAGACCUCGUCAAACCAAAGCCGCAGACACGUUCAACAACUGCUGCCCAGGGUACGAAGCGUUUCUUUUUCGAGCUUUCCGAUGACGAUGAGGAAGAUACCGAAUACAUUGACAUGCCAAGCGACUUAGCCAAGUACAGAGAUUGGGCAGCUGACCGUCAUGCGACAUGGGACGCUGCUGGAUUGCCGACACAAGGGGAAGACGUGCUGGCCAAAUACAACUUACCGGAUGAAGUCCCGCUCGACAGGAAGAACUGGCCGGCAUCACUUAACGGACUCGGUAUAACAGCAAUGCGUAUCAACGAGGACACUACACGCCACCCUUGGGGAAAACCUGCCUUGGCAUUACAGCGAACACUCAAAAAGGCGAAGGGAUAUGAUAAGAACGCCAUGUUUACGGACUUGGCCAGAAAGGCGCUUAGAUGGGUGGAAGAUACAUACUUUAGCUUCACAGAUGAUGAUCGUGAUGCCUUGUCCAGCAGCAGUGUUGUUGACUGGAAGCUAUCAGGCAAAGCAAGAAAAUAUGUUUCGCAGUUGUUGCAGGACCUGGAUUAG